AUGCACACAAGCCUUGUCCUGGCUACCGAUACCAACCACGAUGACACUGAUCAAGAUGACGUGAGCCUCUCGGCCGAAUGCGCCGCGGUUGUGUUAACCUCUGGUGGCGCAAUCGGCGGAUUGACAGCCCCCUUUGUUGUUCCUCAGUUGCUCGCGCUGCUUGGAUUUACCUCCACCGGAGUUGCCGCAGGUUCUUUUGCCUCUUGGUGGCAGUCUACCAUUCCAGUGAUCGCGAAGGGAAGCUUGUUUGCAACGCUGCAAUCCAUUGCAAUGGGCGGAGCAGGCCACUACAGCACUAUUGUUAUUGGAAGCACUCUGGGAGGGAGUGUCUCAGCUCAGUACCUGCAAGAAUUUUGUUUCAAAGUAGACGAAGAGGUGAAAUCAAAAACAGAAAUGGGGAGACUCAUUACUCAAAACUUGGCAUUGGUGAGCAGUGCAGGAGUGGCAGCAAAAUGGACAAAAGAAAAGGCAGGUGCUGCGUUGGAUUGGACAAUGGAAAAUGCUAGCGAGCUAGCAAAAGAUGAAACAGUUGCCAAGGUCAUUGAGAGCACUGGAAAAGUUGCUGCUGCUGCAAAAGAAAAGGCAGGCGCUGCAUUGGAUUGGACAAUGGAAAAUGCUUGGGAGCUAUCGAAAGAUGAAACAGUUGCCAAGGCGUUGGAUUGGACAAUGGAAAAUGCGAAGAAGCUAUCAGAAGAUGAAAAAGUUGCCAAGGUGGUUGAGAGCACUGGAAAAGUUGCCACUGCUGCAAAAGCAACGGCACAAGCAGCUGCGAGCUGGACAAAACAAUGGGCCACGGAAAUGGCUCGAGAGAAGGCGCAGGAAUGGGCCAAGGAAGAAAAUCCCACGUACAACAGAUGGGGAAAAGCCUUCAAUGACUUGCUUGCUUGA